AUGAUUACACCACACCGCACCGCGAGCUCCUCUGUCCGCAUCGUGACGUCACCACCCCCCUCCUGCCCCUCCUGCCCCUCCUGCCCCUCUCCUCUCUCUCAUCAGCCACAGCACCAACACGGGGCUCCCAUCUUCAGCAUCCUCCUCUUCCUCACGCAGACGCACCGGAGCAGAGAGGCUGGAGGCUUUGGGACUCAUGCGGGAGACGGUGAAGCUUCCUCCCGGGGGCACGCAGGCGCGGACCGGGGACUUCGCGGGUCCGUCACCGGAGCUGGCCCCCGGUUGUUUUUGAAGCUCCGAGGAGGCUCCUGGUACUACAUCAUCAUCAUCAUCAUCAUCAUCAUCAUCAUCAUCAUCAUCAUCAUCAUCAUCAUCAUCAUCAUCAUCAUCAUCAUCAUCAUCAUCAUCAUCAAAGAUCGCUGCGUCUGUUUGCGUUGUGUCUGUAUGGAGCAGAGUGAGACCUCCUCAUUCCCCCGGGACAGUCCAAUCUUUGAGUCUCCGCGUCCCAAAAGAUUUAUUCAAAGCCAUAAGUUUGUUUGUUUUUUUAUCUUAAUUUAG